AUGAGAGCAUCCCACAAUAGAUUAUCAAACGCAUCAAUUAUAACACUCCAUAGGAUGAAUGAGCCUUAAUAUCAAUCAACUGCGGGAAUAAAAAAUGUGUAAGCCAUUUAAUCUGUCCAGCUUAAGGAAAGAUCAAUGAUCCCAAUUUAGAAUUCAGGCAGGAAAAAAAUCUCUAACUAAUACUACAAGUCAUAGUUCAACAGAGAGAGUGCUGAAGGUAAUCUUAACAACACUAAUAACAACAGUAUAAGAAUUAGUUCGCCACCUAUAAACUAUGAUCGAGGCUCAGUUGAAGAUUUGAAAAAGUAUGGCACUGAAAGUUUCAUUUCAACCUAACAUAACUAUGACUACAACGAGAUCAAUAAUAUGGCUCCAGUCUUUAAACAGCAAAACUUGCUUUAGAAAUAGUUGAGUGUGCAGAGAGCUAAUAGAUUCAAGAAUAAAAGCUAACAUAAAAAGAUACUGGAGAGACUUGUGCAAUAAAAUAGCAUUUAAGAUUAGUCCCUUGAUAGAGCCUACUAUAACAAUUAAAAUGAGUUGUCAUUUGAUCAAAUACAAAACAAUGCUUAGUAUUAGCAAUCAUUCCAAAAUUAAAUGCUUAAAAAUAAAAUGAAGUUGACUACAGAGCAGAUGAGAUUGUUGCUUCAGAAUAAAAAUAAAUAUGAGUAUCUAAUUAAUCAUCAAAGUAUCCUAUUAAAUAACUCAAACUAGGGCUUUAAUUAGACCAGGAGCAAUCUUUAAUCGGAAAUGCACAAUCGAGAUACUCUGAAUCACCUUUUGAUCAAAGACUACCAGAUCAAGCAAAAUCUAUAAAUUUUGAGGACAAAGAAGAAAUCAAUUGAAAAUUGGAAAUAGCUUCAUUAAUAAAGUAAGAGAGAGCAGAUGGAGUUUCUGGAUUAAAAAGAUACAUUAAUUGGUGAGGAGUUAAUAAAAGUUAAUAAACUCUCAGCUAAAAAGCCAAGAGCAAGUGAUCCUAAAAGGCUUAAUUAGGAUUUAAAGCUCGUUAGUCAUGAGUCUACAGGCGUUUUGAAGGAUUCACCUAAAAAAAUAGUGACUGAGACGCCAAAUGAAACAUAAAGAGAUUCCAUCUAAUCUUAUUUGAUUGAUUAGAAUUCAGUACAAACAAAGGAUAAAAGUCAACCUCCAACUAGCCUACAAUCCCCAUAAAACUAAUUGAAAGUUGAUAUUACGAAUAAAUCUGACUACUCAUAUUCUAUUAACAAUCCAAUGUAUCCUAUUCUAAAUCAGCAGAGAGCAAACUCAGUUAAUACAUAGGAUGACGGGUACAGUUAAAUAACAAUAAAGAACAUAGAAUUUGGUGAGGAAUACCCUAAGUCUAAGGAGUUAUUUAGAUCGUUCAGGAAAGAGGAUAAAUCUCCGCCAGUCAUUGAUUACUAAACAGAUCUCAUAAAGAAAAUAUCUUUGCUGAAAUAAUUACAUCUAAAUUAAUCUGUCUCAUAUUAAGGCCCUUCAUAAAGACCUCAGCUCAGAGUUAUUCACUCAAAUAUUGGAUCAGUUGACUUAGAAAAUUAUGUACAUAGUCCUUUGUUAAAUAAUAGCUAGCAAGAACUUAGAGAAAAUUCUCCUGAAAUGAGCAUUGUCAAAAGAAAAAGAUCCAUUAAAAAGAACAACUCUCAUAUGAAUAAAUCCAUUGAUUAUGUUCCAAUCUUAGGUCAUUAAGAUUCAACUUAUUCCUAGGCCAAAUCUCAUGGUUAGUAUCACACUCAGGAACAACGAGAACGCAGGAGAUUAAAAGUAAUAGAAACUCAGUUCUCGAAUUAGAAUAGUUUAGUGACUUUGAAGUAUCAAAUACUGAAUAAGACAAUGGCUAAUGGAUUUAGAGAUAAUCGCAUCUAAAAGGUCCUCCUCUAUGAUAAGACAAACUUUAAUCAAUUUAAGAAUUUCGAAGGAACUGGAAUUGGCAAAAUGAUUGCAAAAUAGCAAGUCUUAUCUAGAAGAUCAAAUAGCAUUGAAGAAGCACCAGAGUCUAGCAGGUCAAGUUAAGUGUUCAAUGAAGACUUGUUUCCCUAGCUAUCUCUAAAUGAUCAAGCCUAUAAUAAAUACAGAUCACUUGAGUUAAGAUAGUUUAUAUCUUCCAAGCUUCACUUUAACUAAUCUAGUGUCAACUUUAACAAUAAACCACCUGUAAAUAACAAAAAAAACCAAGAGAGUUCUUAAUAAAAUGAUUAUAUAUAAUCCAAUAGUGUAACAUUGCAAAGCAGAUAGCAAAGUCCUUAGAAAUCCAGGAUGGCAUCUCACUCGAAAAAGCGACAGAUUAAAAAUAGCUAGCAGGAAUACUUGGAAGAGUUGAGAAAAAUUACCUCUUAAAGUGUGGUUGAUAAGCCUUAUAAUGUUAGUCUUCUAUACAAUAAUACUUAUGACGAAAAGGCUAAAAAGAUUCAAGUGCCUAUAAACAUUCUAGAGUAAUUUAUACCUCCUGGAAAGGAGUUCACUCAAGUCAAUUAUUGA